UAAGCAGCGGGGAGGAGGCGCUGCAGCCCCAGUAACAGCGGCAGGGUCCGGAGCAGUCAGAGCCGCGGGCGGCAGCAGCAGCUCCGGUUCGGCAGCCGAGUCGGUGCGCCGCAGGGGCGCACGGGGGCUGGUGCAGGGGACCCCAGAGGCGGGCGGAGGACGCAGCAUGGCCCCGCUCGGCGGCGGCAGCAGGAGCAGCCCCAGCCCGGCCGCCGCCUCCGCUCCUCGCCGCCUGGCUCCUGCCUCGGCGCUUCUCCGCGCCUAAGGGGCCCCGUCUCGCCAGGUGCCCGGGCCGGAGAGAGGCGCCGGCAGGGAGCGCGCCGGCCGCCCCGGGGCUGCGGCCACUUGUUGAUCCAGCCGGGAUCGCGCUGACCCUCGGUCCUGCGCCUCCAGCGGCCGCGCUCCGGGCUCGGCGCCCGGGCACCGACCUUGCCCCCGGGGAGCUCCCCCGGCGCGCGGCUGGAAGGGCCCCAGCCAUGGCCAAGGACCAGCUGAAGCCCCGGCUCUGCCACAUGAUCAAGGGGGAGAGCGGCUACGGCUUCCACCUGCACGGCGAGAAGGGCAAGAGCGGCCAGUUCAUCCGCAAAGUGGAGCCCGGCUCCCCGGCCGAGGCGGCGGCGCUGCGGGCUGGGGACCGGGUGGUGGAGGUGAACGGGGUCAACGUGGAGAAGGAGACGCACCACCAGGUGGUGCAGCGCAUCAAAGCGGUGGAUUCUGAGACCCGCCUGCUGGUGGUGGACAAGGAGACGGACGAGUCCCUGUGCAGCCUGCAGCUAACGUGCACCGAGGAGAUGGUGCACGCCGGGAUCCCGGGGACCUCCAACACGUCGCCAGCCAAAUCACCCGGCAGCGAUAACGGAGACUUUUGGAAACCGCAGCUGGAGCUGAGCGGCGGGAGCCUCAGGAGUCACUCGUUGCCCAGCUUCCCCUCGGGGAGCGGGAAGAAGGAUGUCAAUGGACCAACACAGGAGCUGCGUCCGCGUCUCUGUCACCUUAAGAAAGGCCCUAGUGGCUACGGGUUCAAUCUCCACAGUGAAAAGUCCAAACCUGGGCAGUUCAUCCGUUUGGUAGAUCCCGAUUCACCGGCCUCUAAAGCGGGCCUCCGACCCCAGGACAAGCUUGUCGAGGUGAACGGGAUAAAUGUGGAAGGCAUGAAACACUCCGAGGUUGUGUCAAACAUCAAGUCCAAGGAGAAUGAAGCCAAGCUCCUAGUGGUGGAUCCCGAAACAGAUGAAUACUUCAAGAAACUGGGGAUAAUUCCCACGGAGGAGCACAUCAAAGGUGGAAUUCCUCAGCCUAUUUCUAACGGGUCUGCACAAACCCAGCUGAACGGCGGAUCCAUGUCUUCAUCCCAUAGUGAUCUCCAAAGUCCUGAGAAGGAAUCAGAGGAGGGGGAGUCUGAGAAGAAGGACCCAUUCGAGGAAAGUGGCCUGAACCUGAGCCCGACUGCGGCAGAGGCCAAAGAGAAAGCACGUGCCAAGCGGGUGAAUAAAAGGGCUCCACAGAUGGACUGGAACAAGAAACGGGAGAUUUUCAGCAACUUCUGAGCCCGGUCAGCAGCUCUUCCCCUUCUCCCCACCCUCCAAACUGAACAUCUCCAACACGCCCCAGCCUCAUUCCUGGCUGUUGACCCAAGACGCUUUGUGCUCUGCUCUUCAUUGGUCGCUUUUUGCAAGGCAAAUUUUUAAAAAGUGUCUUUUAUGGACAAGUGAUUCCAGUAGAAAUGUGACCAAAGCUCCUCCCAGCACUCACCCGGCUGCUUGCGGUUCCCACAUUGCUGCUGAGGGAAGACUGGAAAGAUUUCACUUUUGCUUCUUACCUGCUUUAUUUUGGUUUUUACUAUUUUGAGCUUCCCCCCGCCGCAGAAUCCCAAGUGGGAUAUUAUGCAUUCCUGUUUAAAAGGCUCACACGGAGGCCUCCCAAACUGCAAACCCUCGUUUGUUUCAAUUCAAAAUAUUCUAGUUUGUUUAAAAAAAAAUUGAAAUAAUCCCACUCGAGCUACCAUGUUCAAUACUCACAUGGUGAGAGAUUGGUGAGUGGCUAUACAUUUCUCUCUUGUUGGCUUCUCUAUUGAUUUAGAAGGGUUGGUGGGGUUUUUUGUUUGUUUUUGGUGUAAAAAAGAAAAUUCCCCAUCUGUUUCUCAUUAAUGCUGUAACCGCUCUCCCCUAGGAUCCCUUUAACCAGUGCAAUAAAAGCCCUUUUCUCAGCAAACCUUUUCCCUUCUGUGCUCCACCCCCGCCUCCCCUCAAAACAAACUCUGGGUGUUGAGAAAAUGGUAGGACUUAAAAACAAAAACAAAAAAACCACAAAACCCAACAACCCAAGCCUCAGAUGUGCAUAAUAAAAUGCAGAAAUGGCAGGAGAGGAGGGAAUAAGCUGCCCCCCGCCCCCCGACAAUAAAGGAAGGUCUGUGUUUCCUGUUAGCACAUCCACAUGCAAGGAUUUCUGUCCCCACUCUCUAUUGGAAGCCCUUUGAGAACAAACUUAAUGAGACACUGGAAACAUGGCUCUUCAGGCGGACUUCAAAGAAGCACAAGUGAGCUUCUCAUCAGCUGGGAACGGAAAUCCUUGAAGACCCUGCUUUGGGAGGCACUCACGAAAACAGGGCUUCAAGCAGGAGCAAUCCAGCGGCCGCUCUUCUACUCAGAUGCUGGCUUCAGAACCAAGCCACAAACCAAACCUGCUCUGCUAUUUCUGACUCAGGUUUUAAACUUCUCCCAUUUUCCUGCUGAUCUCUCACUAGCUGCAUUGGCAACCUGGAAGAAUAAUAAGCAAGCUCUCUCUGUUGUCUUAUGUUGGGCUGGGCCGGGCCCGUUGUAGCAAUGUGAUCUGGCAUGUGGAUUGUCUUAUGGGAAGACGGAAUACUUUCUGCUGGUCCACACCAUAUUGCUAACUGUUAGACAGCGGGGUUGGCGAGGCAGACAAUUGCUUUGGCUUUAGGCCCCUCUUUGAAAACACCCUGCUCUCAAUGUUAAAAUGUACAUUAAAGCUAUCUUACAUAGCCAUGACUAAACUAGCAUAAAAUCUUCACUACUUACCUCGGGCUUCAAAUGUGGGACACUAACGAAGAUUAAAUUAAACAUGUACUAAUGGCUUCCAGGCAGUGGAGUGGUACUGGGGUUGGAUCGGUGCCGUAGAGAGCGGAUGAUUCCCGUUGCCUUCUUACCAAAAGCUAACAAAACAGCCUUUUUGGCUGACAUGUAUUUUAUAACAAUGGCAAAAAUAGUAUUAAAAAAGCAGGUGGGGUGGGGAAUGGGCAGAGCAGACAGUUUAGGUAAAUGACCAAUCUCUCCCCUCCCCCCCACAAACUAAUGACACGCUAGGGCAAGAAUGUAAGAUUUGCAAUAGUAUUUACGAUAAAGCACAUGGCUCAGUUUUUUUGCCCCAGGUUACCCUCAGACUCUGUAUAAUGAACAAGUGGCCUUUGACUUCAUGCACUAUGGUCUUGUUAAGGUUCUGUGUAUAUUUCAUAAAACUGAGCUAAAAAAGGUGCCUUAUAACAUUUACUGUUCCUGUCAGUAGAUGGAUGUAUCGCAGCACAGUGGGGAAGGAGGGGACUGGCUGGACGCUGUAGCAACGGCCCAGGGGGUGUUUGGCUUCUUUGCAGGGACCAGUGAAAUGCAAGGCUGUGACCAUACUGAAGACAGGGCUUCUGGCUGGGCUUUCUUUCAGGGAGGAUGUACAGUGUUAGUGGGGCAAAUGGAUGCAAAUUGGAUCUUGGAAAGAAAUCUCUGCAGGUGUUUGGCUGUAAACCUUGGGACUGACACCAGGUUAGAGAGAGUUAGUAAGAAGUUUAGAGCUUUUCUUCCCUACAGGAGUCUCAUUGUGGCCUCUUACCUUGCGUGUUUCAAAAGACAGUUUAAUGGCGGGGGGCUGCUUGCUGUUGGCCACAACAAACAGUUGCUGCUCUAAGAAGUCAGUAACAAAAGAAUCCUUACACUCAUGACAUGCAGAUUGCUUUCAAUCCCUGCACUUCCAACCAAGCCAGAGACAGUAUGCGAGUCUGCUAGGGGUAAAAGCUCCCCAGUUACACUGCAAGGUAGAUGUUAAAAUACAGCAUAGCAAACAAGGAAGUCAUUUUCUAAAAGCCUGUAAAUACCAUAUUACUUGCAUAAGACAGAACCAAUAUAGUUGAGGGGAAAAUAGCAUGGUUGUGUUUUCUUUUUAAUGCUGAUCAAAAGAAAUCAGGUAUGCAAAUAUGUACCAAUAAGAUUUUAAAAUUAUCGCUGCAUAGUCCAUGGAAACAGCUCAUGGUUAAAGCACUUAUCACUAUUUCUGACAUCUAGUAGCUCUGUAAUAAUAAUUAUUCAGUUUCUGUACAUUUAACUUGAAAAAUCAAUACAAGUAUAAAGCUGUUAUCUGCAUUGUAAAGACAAUGUAUACUGUAAUGUCAAUAAUAAACUUUGUUUUGCCAUGUACAGCUUAAAA